AACCCACAAACCUCCACCUUCUCAUUCUCAUCUCUCUCUAAACGCUCCCAAAGAAGAAAAGUAAAACUCCGUCUCACCCUCUUCUUCUUCUCCUUUUUCCUUCCCUUAAAGCAAAGUUUAAAUCGGUCUCUUGUUGUUUCCCCUUCUGGGUUCUUGAGAAUUUUGUUGUUUGGACGAAGAACUAAUCAAAUUAAAGAAAGAAGAAAACGAAGUUAUGGCUACCAUUAAUGGGUACCAAAGCAACACUCCGGUGGCCGCUCCAUCCGCCGCCACCGCUACUAAGCAAUCUAUUAACCCGGUCAAGACCGUUGAUAGUCAAUCUGUGCUUAAAAGGUUGCAGUCUGAACUGAUGGCCUUAAUGAUGAGUGGAGAUUCUGGGAUAUCUGCCUUCCCUGAGGAAGACAACAUAUUCUGCUGGAAAGGUACAAUCCAUGGAAGCAAGGAUACAGUUUUUGAAGGCACAGAGUACAAGCUAUCCCUUUCUUUCCCAAACGAUUAUCCAUUCAAGCCUCCGAAGGUGAAGUUUGAAACCGGUUGCUUCCAUCCCAAUGUCGAUGUCUAUGGCAAUAUUUGCCUGGACAUUCUUCAGGAUAAAUGGUCAUCAGCUUAUGAUGUGAGAACAAUUCUGAUAUCUAUCCAGAGCUUGCUUGGAGAACCAAACAUCAGCUCCCCUCUGAACAGUCAAGCAGCACAGCUGUGGAGCAAUCAAGAAGAAUAUAGGAAGAUGGUUGAGAAAUUGUACAAGCCUCCAAGUGCAUGACUUCAAGGAGGAGAUGGUUUGAUAAAAACAAAAAGGACCCUUAUAUCUCUACCGAGUGUGCCUCUCUUUCUUUAUUUCAGAAGUGUAGCCUGUCUUUUUACAGAUUAAAGGGACCUUAUCAAUGAAUUAAUUUUUUUUUA